ACUAGCGUCCCGCCCCCAGCAUCUACACCGAAAUCAACUAGCGUCCCGCCCCCAGCAUCUACACCGACAUCAACUAGCGUCCCGCCCCCAGCAUCUACAAGGACAUCAACUAGCGUCCCGCUCCCAGCAUCUACAAGGACAUCAACUAGCGUCCCGCCCCCAGCAUCUACAAGGACAUCAACUAGCGUCCCGCCCCCAGCAUCUACAAGGACAUCAACUAGCGUCCCGCCCCCAGCAUCUACAAGGACAUCAACUAGCGUCCCGUCCCCAGCAUCUACACCGACAUCAACUAGCGUCCCGCUCCCAGCAUCUACAAGGACAUCAACUAGCGUCCCGCCCCCAGCAUCUACACCGACAUCAACUAGCGUCCCGCCCCCAGCAUCUACACCGACAUCAACUAGCGUCCCGCCCCCAGCAUCUACAAGGACAUCAACUCGUCCCGCCCCAGCAUCUACACCGACAUCAACUAGCGUCCCGCCCCCAGCAUCUACACCGACAUCAACUAGCGUCCCGCCCCCAGCAUCUACAAGGACAUCAACUAGCGUCCCGCCCCCAGCAUCUACACCGACAUCAACUAGCGUCCCGCCCCCAGCAUCUACACCGACAUCAACUAGCGUCCCGCCCCCAGCAUCUACACCGACAUCAACUAGCGUCCCGCCCCCAGCAUCUACACCGACAUCAACUAGCGUCCCGCCCCCAGCAUCUACACUGACAUCAACUAGCGUCCCGCCCCCAGCAUCUACACUGACAUCAACUAGUGUCCCGCCCCCAGCAUCUACACCGACAUCAACUAGCGUCCCGCCCCAGCAUCUACAAGGACAUCAACUAGUGUCCCGCCCCCAGCAUCUACACCGACAUCAACUAGCGUCCCGCCCCCAGCAUCUACACCGACAUCAACUAGCGUCCCGCUCCCAGCAUCUACAAGGACAUCAACUAGCGUCCGGCCCCCAGCAUCUACACCGACAUCAACUAGCGUCCCGCCCCCAGCAUCUACAAGGACAUCAACUAGCGUCCCACCUCCAGCAUCUCCAAGGACAUCAACUAGCGUCCCGCUCCCAGCAUCUACACCGACAUCAACUAGCGUCCCGCCCCCAGCAUCUACACCGACAUCAACUAGCGUCCCGCCCCAGCAUCUACAAGGACAUCAUCUAG